AAUUGUCUGCGGUCUCCGAUCAAACUAGCGAAGGCAAAACCCUGUGAGUUAAACUCCAUCUUCGUGGCCUUUCUUCUUCCCUACACACAUGGCUUCAUCACCACCAUUUCUACUUACAUCUCUGUCGUAAACCCAUUUUUCUUCUCUUACACAUGCGUACAAUAUUGAUAGAUGGACGUAAGAAGAUUGAAAAUUCCCAAAACUAUAGCUAUAUUUUCACAUAUCAAACGUCCUUUAACUUGUGUGAUUUAUACUGCUUCUUCAGAUCAAAUCAGUGAACCAUUACAGAAAGGGGACUCAAAUAAGCCUAACCGCAGCUCAGAAAAGAAACAGAUAAAGGGAUUAGAUUUGAAUUUGCGGAAGUGGGUUGUUUCAGUUCUUUCAAACCCACCUGUAGAUUCGUUAAAGAUUAAAGAUUUACUGACCCUUUUGACUCCUCAACAGUUUGAUGCUAUUUUCUUGGAAAUUUAUUCGUCUUUGAAACCAUUGAAUGUUUUGAAAUUCUUCCACGUAGCCUCUGGUACUUGUGGUUUUAGUUUUAGUGUUAGAUCUUAUUGUACUUUGCUUCGUUUGCUUAUUGCUUCGAAUCAUGAUGCUCCAGCUAGGUUGCUUUUGAUUAGGUUAAUUGAUGGGAAACUACCUGCAUUGUUUGAUAGUUUACAACAAAAGCAUGUAGAGGUUGCUGUUUCGUUAGCGGAGUUAAGUGGUGUCUCGGAUUUUGGUGUUGCUGUUAGGACUUUUGAUCUUUUGCUUCAUUUGUGUUGUACUCAAUUCAAAAGUGUUGGUUUUGAUGCUGCAUUGGAUGUGUUCAGGUCGUUGGCAAGUAGGGGAGUGUAUCCCUCUUUGAAAACUUGCAACUUUCUGUUGAGUUCUCUUGUGAAAGAGAAUGAGCUUUGGAAGAGUUAUGAGGUUUUUGAGAUUUUGAAGGACGGUGUUAAACCAGAUGUUUACUUGUUUAGCACCGCGAUCAAUGCUUUCUGUAAAGGGGGGAAGGUGGAGGAAGCAAAGGAGUUAUUUCGGAAGAUGGAAAACAUGGGUAUUGUGCCAAAUGUUGUCACUUAUAAUAACCUCAUUCACGGGCUUUGCAAGAUUAGUAAUUUAGAAGACGCAUUCCUACUAAAGGAAGAAAUGAUAUUAAAUGGUGUUAACCCAAGUAUUGUCACGUAUAGCAUGCUUAUUAAUUGUCUGAUGAAACUUGAGAAAUUUGAUGAAGCUGAUUGUGUGUUGAAAGAAAUGUCAAACAAAGGGCUUGUUCCGAACGAGGUUUUGUAUAAUACCAUCAUUAAUGGUUAUUGCUCAGCAGGAGAUAUUCAGAAAGCUCUAAAGGUUAGGAAUGAAAUGCUAACAAAAGGAAUUCUUCCCAACUCAGCUACUUACAAUUCACUGAUCAAAGGUUUCUGCAAGGUAAAUCAAGCUAGUCAAGCUGAAGAAUUCUUAGAAGAGAUGUUAUUACAUGGAUUGGGUGUAAAUCCUGGUUCAUUCAGUAAUGUUAUCCUUGUACUGUGUUCGAAUUCUAGGUUUGUUGCUGCACUACGGUUUGUUAAGGAAAUGACAUUAAGACGUUUGAGGCCAAAUGAUGGGUUGCUGACCACAUUAAUUAGUGGGCUUUGCAAGGAAGGAAAACAUUCAGAGGCAGUUGAGCUCUGGCAUAUGCUACUAAUGAAAGGGCUCACUGCCAAUACAGUUACCUCAAAUGCUCUAAUUCACGGACUUUGUGAAGCUGGUAACAUACAAGAGGCUGUUCGGCUGUUGAAAACAAUGUUAAGAAGUGGUGUUCAAAUAGAUAGCAUGACUUAUAACACUCUUAUAUGUGCAUUUUGCAAAGAGGGAAACUUGGAUGGCGCCUUUAUGUUGAGAGAAGAAAUGGUGAAGCAAGGAAUUGCACCUGAUGUAUCAACUUACAAUGUGUUGCUGCAUGGGCUUGGUGAGAAGGGUAAAAUAGAUAAAGCGUUGUUGCUCUGGGAUGAAUGUCGAAGCAAGGGACUUGUCUGCGAUAUUUAUACCUAUGGAGCCUUAAUUAAUGGUUUGUGCAAAGCUGACCAACUUGACAAGGGCAGGGACAUUUUCCAUGAGAUGCUCAGACAAGGCUUAGCCCCAAAUUUAAUUGUAUAUAACACUCUUAUUGCAGCUUUUUGUAGAAAUGGAAAUGUGAAAGAAGCCCUUAAACUUCGCGAUGACAUUAGAAGCAGAGGUAUUCUACCAAAUGUUGUCACUUAUUCCUCUCUUAUACAUGGCAUGAGCAAUAUUGGGCUUAUUGAAGAUGCUGAGAACCUUAUUGAUGGGAUGCGUAAGGAGGGAGUUCUACCUGAUGUUGUUUGUUAUACUGCAUUGAUAGGUGGAUAUUGUAAGUUAGGUCAGAUGGAUAAAGCGAGGAGCAUUUUGCAGGAAAUGUUAUCACACAAUAUACAACCUAAUAAAAUAACUUAUACAGUCAUUAUUGAUGGUUAUUGUCAAGCUGGUAAAGUUAAAGAAGCUAAGGAGUAUUUCGCCGAGAUGGUACAGAAAGGAAAUACUCCUGAUUCGGUCACCUAUAACGUUUUGACAAAGGGGCUUUUAAAGGAAGGGGAAAUACAAGAAGCCUUUUCACUUUUAGAUCAUAUUUCCCAUACAGGAGUUGGUUUAGAUGAAGUUACAUAUACUUCUUUAGUGAAUUUACUUCCCCAGAGAUCAGCAAGUGCAAACCAAGAAUGAACUGACCUGGCACAAAGUUCACACUCAUUUGGUUGGACUUUUUUCUACCUCACAUUUUUAACGCAACACAGCUAUAUACUAGCUCAAGCACAGUUGGACAUUUGAAAAGCACAUAUAUCUGCCUGAUUUUCUAAUGACACAAUGGAGUCAAGGCAGCACCUGCAAAUUGGAAACUGGUUCGUUAUUGUGGGUCCAGAUUACUUCCUUGUGCUUUGAGUUAGUUGCAUAUUCUGGGAAGAUCAAGGAACCAAGCAGCUGGUGGAUGGUUUUAUGGGGGAACUAUCUUGAUAAUAGAUAACUUAUGAAGGAGAAGAUGCAUUGUUGUGUCAUGUGUGUUGGUGGUCAUGUGCAGGAAGCACGGAGAGGAUGAAUUGAGGACCACAUUAUUUCAUGGAUAGCAGAUAAGUCCAAGACUGCACUGUCCCCCUAAACAGUUUCGUUUGGUUCCAUGCCCUUGUAUGAUUGAGCGGACUCACUUGAAAAGCCAAAACCUACUUCAGCCACGGGGAGUGUUCGUGCAGAUUAGACAAAAGUGGCAGAGCCACCUUGGCCUAAGACCAUCUUGUGGAGAGCAUCAAAUGUUACUAUAAAUUCGAUUGUGCUGUUUCAGUCGCCUAAGAGAUCGCUUCGUGUAUGUUCUGCACAUCAAUCUGCUAUAGAUGUCUGCUUCUGUUCGUUCACAAUUGCUUCUUGGUUCUUCCACAUCUAUAGGCUCUCAACACAUGGUGCAUCAGUAGUAUAAUCGCUGAAGCAAUUUAGUCAGGAUUGCCAUGUUACUUGUGUGUUGAAGGGAGCAUGACAUGAAGCGGGGUAGUCGCACCCCAGUGAUCACUCGACCCCAACCGAUCAAUCUCCUGUAACUACUAUCUCGUACGCGAAGGGUUACUCAUGCUUCCCAGGCAUCACACAUUCCCAGGUCAUUAGUCAACAGCUCCCUAGAAAGUGAAAUAGGUUCAAGGGAGAGUUGUAAAUAGGCCCAAGUGGGAACCCAGAACAGUUCCAUUGAUAUCUUUGAUAGAAAGAGUGGAUUUUCACGAAUUUAAUCGAGGUGUACAAAAAUUGACUCGACCACUACUUACAAGUUCAUUGAUAUCUUCGAUAGAAUCGUAAAUUUAAUUGAGGUGUACAAAAAUUGACUCAAACAUCACUAUCACUUACAAGUAAAUAUGUUUUACACUUCAAUUUA